AUGGAGCAGUUGGCCUCGGUUUUGGUCUAUCUAAAACAGAAAGAGCUCGUGCAUCGUGACCUCAAACCAGCCAACAUAAUGAUGUUCAAUAAACACCGAGAGAUUCGAGUCUGUGAUUUCGGGAUUUCUGCCUGGGAGGACACGUUUGUGGGAAGGGGCGGAACGAUCCGCUUUGCCGCGCCAAAUCCGUUACACCACUUGGCUGAUCAUCGAGAUGAUGUGUACAGUGUGGGAAUGAUUCUCUGGCAACUUGUCUUCAAAGCAUUUCCAUUUAUCGACCAUAAUGCGGAAAACCCAGCAGUUGAUACGGAUGAUUUGUGGGAAAGAGUGGGGAAUGGAGAGCGGUUGCCACUCGAUGAAACACAUCCGGCCAUUCGAGAAGUGAUUGAGAGUUGUUGGGCUCAUGAAAAGGAUGAUCGCUUGACUGCUGAAGAACUGCACGAAACGAUGUUGGAUUGGAAAAGAAAAAUUCAACGGACAACGCAAGGAAUCAAAUCACCGAGUCUCUUCAGAGAUAUCAAUCCACUCAUUCGACCGCAUGGAACAUUUCCAUGUACUCAUCCGACUAGCGCAGCUAACUAUCAAAGGAUUCAAAACCUAGGAUUUUGCGUUCCAAGAUAUGUAAAUCUCAUUCAGAUUCCGAACACAAAUCAAGAUUAUUUUCUCGAAAGAGCUAUGAGAGUUGUAUACAAUCGAGUGACAAGAGAGGCACACAUCGUGGCCGAAAAUAAGAAAACGUGGUUUCAUGAUCUAAGAAUCCUUUUCGGUCAGCUACUUCGGGAUGUCGACGAACUUCCAAUGUUGCCUUCUUUCAUUCACGGCGAAUAUUUGCUUCUGUUCUACCCAACUUCUUUAGACUUUUUCGAGGAUUUGGUUUCCUUUUUUUCCUCG